GGCUGUAAAAUGACCAAGCCAAGGAAGGUAAUUAUCGAUCUGGAUGUCGGUACGGACGAUGCGUGGGCCCUGUGGAUGCUGCUAAAGUGUGAGGAAUCGUCCGGCUACGAAGUGAUCGGUAUCACGUGCGUGAACGGUAACACAACCGUGGACAAUGUGGUAGAGAACACACUCACCUUGCUGACCGCGAUGGGCCGUACGGAGGUGCCAGUGUUCCGGGGUGCUGAAGAGCAAUUGAUUGUUCCGGCGGAAAAACCAGACGUCAGCAAGUUUCAUGGCGUGAACGGGCUCGGUGAUAUAGACUUUGGUAUUAAGGCCGAUCGGAAACCGCUACAACAAGAGCACGCAGUUAGUGCAUUAACUCGACUGAUCACACAACACAAGGGAGCGGUUGAUUUGAUCUUCAUCGGACCGCUGACAAAUCUUGCCCUUGCCAUGAAGCUUCAUCCGGGUCUGCUAAGCAUGGUUGGACAGCUGUACAUUAUGGGUGGCAAUCGGCAUGGCGUUGGCAAUGUAACGUGGUCAGCCGAGUUUAAUUUCCACACCGAUCCGGAAGCUGCCCAAAUCGUGCUGCACAAGGAAUACUGUCCGGUUACGAUUGUCCCAUGGGAAACGUGCCAACGGCAUGCGAUCCCGAUGCAGUGGCGUAUGGAAGUGUUGGGAGCAAACGAAGCACAACCGGUACUACGAAUUUUAAAUGUUGUGGAGAAAAAAACGUACGCCCAGCGAACGCAUUGGAUGCCGUGCGAUGCGUAUCUGGUAGCCGCGUACGUGCAGCCGGAGUGUGUAGAGAAAUCGCACCUAUACUCGGUAGCGGUGGAGCUGCAUGGUGCGCUUACUCGUGGACAGAUGAUACUGAACCAUCGGUUGCAGGGAAAUGGGCAUGUGCGUAUUGUGGACGACAUCAACGAAGUAAUGUUUAAAGGACUUUGCUUCAAAACGGUGGCUUGA